AUGUCUCAGACUAAAUACGCUUAUUUAUAUCUUCAUCCAAUUACUCGUCCAUUCUUUUCAGGUGAAAAAGAAUAUGAACUAACACUGAAAAGAUCUGAUAUCGCUUGUGAAGUAUAUGAGGUAGCAAUGCUAAACUCAAAAUCUAAGCCAAUGGGAUACACGCCAUUGCAGCGUAAAAACGACAGUCUAAAAGUUCAGUUAAGAGCACAAAAAUCAAUAAAUCAGCAAAUGGAUAGUAGGGGAGGUCCAGGCGAAGCUGCCACACUUCUAAAUAUGGGUGACCAAAUGGAGUCAUUUAUUAUGGACCUGAAGUUUGAUGGCUUAUAUCGUUCUUGGUCCUUCCUUACUACCAAACUGGUGAUUGACAGGGCCUCGCUUCCAUUGGCUGAGAGUGCAAUUAGCCAUGUUGUGGCUUUGGAGGAAUUGGUCGGAAAAAUUGCAAAGAACUAUAAAUAUCGAAGCACUCAAUUCACUUCACUUAAGCAAAUGUCUUUUGUGCGCAAACUCCCACAGUAA